GACUUAUACUCCGCGCGAACAUGUAUGGUGCAGUCCCGCGUGACAUGAUAGAUGCAAGUCCGAUCCGCAAGGCGAUGCUAUAACUAUAGACGGCGUGGCUUUAUGAUGCCGUUGCUCGAUAAACUGCUACCUCCCAAGAAGAGCAGUCCGUGCGAGAGUGCCGAAAGCCUAGUGUCCGGUGCGCGAACAAUUGGGAAUGAUAGGGACUCCGUAUUGCAAAUUGGAGCAGAUCAAGUACGAAUUUUACUAUUUCGAGAAUGUGAAUGGCGCGGUAGGAAACUUCUCUUCGAUUCGAAUGUGGAGAGAAAAUGCGAGACACCCUUUAACAUAGGGACUGCUAAUGAUUUCGAGCGAGAUAAGAUUGUUGAAGAUGAUGUAAGCUUGCUGAGCGAAAUGGUAUUUGGUACUGUAGCAAUGACGUAUAGGGGAUCAUCAUUUAAGGUUCACUUGAUGAAUUCUCCACCGUGCAUAAUGUGUACGAAAAUUUUUCCGGCGACAGAACACGGCACAUGUAAGAUAAGUGAAAAAGUUUCGGAUGAAGGAUUAGGACGGUCUAUGCACGUGGAUUCGAUAUGUAGCAAUACUAGUAUGCGAUCAUUUCAAUCACGGCCGAGCUCCGGAAAUCUAUCGAGUAAUGAUUCGCACGUCGGCCCGCGCAAGAAUUCAACGUGUUCGAGUAUUGGUAGCGGUUGGGAUAUAGACAUAGCUCCACGGACGGGCAGCUCGCAAUCAUUGGAAAGUAACGGAUCAUCUGGAAUUGGUAGUCUUACCAGCUUGCGUAGAAGAUGGUUGAGAGCAGUCUCGACUUCCCUUGGGCGUUCGGAUUCUGACGACGCCUUUGGGAUACAUUGGAAUGAAAACGGAAACGAUGGGCGCGAUGGACAUUCAAAGCGACAUAAAACUAGGCUGGGUUUGACUAUGUUGGUGCGAUUAGUUCAGGGUCACGAAAGCCAGAUAAAGACACGGCUUUUAGAACACAUGGCUUUGUUAGAAGGGAUGCUGGAUCGUCUACGAUAUUUUUGCAUUGAGACCAGCAAUAUCAGCGAUUCUAACUGCAAGAGGAUGCAGUUAACCGAUAGAAUGUGUAGAGCAACGUCUCGAUUUGUCUUUUCGUUAUUGCAUAUACUUCUCGAUGUCAGUGUCGAUGUUAAUACCCGUACGCCUUUGCUGUGGCAUGAUGUUCUACUUAACUCCGUGACAAUGACUGAACAAACAAAUACCUUGCAUCGCAAUUUGCAACAGAUGUGUCAGUUAUUCGACGAGCUCGAUACGAAGUCGACAAAUUUUUUUCUAAGCACUGUGGUAACUGCCGUGUUAACAUAUCAUCUUGGAUGGGUGUAUACCGUGCUGUCUCCGCGUGAUCGUCACAUGAUCGAAAAGUUAGGCAGUUGGUAUUCUUCUAAUCCGCUAUGGGCACAACUUGGCGAUCUGUAUGGCGCAUUAGGCAAUCCCGUGAAAGUGACGCAUACGGUAGUUGCGGGUGAUCCUCGGAAAAGUGAUCUGAUUAAUUCUGUCUUGUCGUUUUUGUCUUAUUUCAUCCGCAGUGGGAUGAUACGGAAAUGUCAGGAAUACCGUUGCACAUCGCAAGAAGAUGUGCAGAAGGCAACGAGUAUGUUGGAGCAGGCUCGUAGCAAACGACCGUAUCUGUUUAAUAACAGGAGGUCAUGUAAGGCUCGAGAUACUUCGAUUCGCAGACGCGAUUCGCGUGUUUUGCCAACUCCCAAGCCGACACAAUCGCCCGAAACCGGAACUGGUGAUGUUAACGCAUCGCAAUGCACCGCGCGAUAUCCUGCGGAACGGCCGAGAAUCUCACGAUCAGUCAGUCCUCUGAUGCGUAGCAGUACUAUGAAAUCUGGCCUUGACAUGCUCAUGACGAAAUCGACCGAGGCAACAGUAGAUCUCAAAUUUCCCACAAAAGAAUUUCCAUCGCAUGAAAAUCGCGAAAACGAGAAAUACGAACCAAUGCAAGAGGAUCGAUCGAUUAAAGACAAUGAGAAAUUUUUGUCGAGUGAAGUGAAGAUAAUUGUUAGCGAGAUUGGAUCUCAAGAGGAUGUCACGCCGAAAGAAUGUCAAUUGCCAAGUUUUCCACAGUUUCCUUUACGAGACUUCGAGAAAAAGAAGUUGGAUAUGCACGAUACCGAAGAAAGUCUCGCGACCGAAAAAGCUGAACUGCGUCGUCAAUUAAACAAUAACGUGGAUCCGUUAAAAAUGUUCUACAAUAGACCCGAGUUACCGUUAGAUGCAGACAGUAGAUUUGUUGGCGAAUUUAAAGAAUCGCAGGUCUUCUUCACUCUUGGUGGUGAAGACAAACCCGCGAAGUUGCCGUUGAGACCGCGUCUCGGUAACAAUUGUCAGUGCUCUUAUACCUUCACGAGACUGCCUAGUACAUCUGCACAACUUCCGGAAGGCGUAUUAAGAAAGAUCAUUCAACGAAACUUUCCCGAAUCGUCAAAGAGCAUACAGCCACCUCCGGGAGCGUCCAGUAUGGGUGCAAGGUCUGUAGGUUUCUGUUUAAAGUGCAAUGGUCAGGGAUAUGCUUCACAAGAUUAUGACAAUAGCAAGCAAGUGUUGGAAACACCGACAAACGCGACCGAGGUGUUGCGCACAUGCGGAAGUUCCGAAGGUGGCAGAACUAUGAGACUGUCGCGGUCUAACAGCCUUGAAGCUCUGAUGGAAGCUAACAGUGUCGUGGAAUUGCCAAUGCCACAAUCAAAGAAAACUUCACAGAUGAAAACUGGAACAGUCAGAGACAUGGGCUUUACAAAAACGCUCAUGCGAAAUAAAAUGAUGAAUGACGAGACUAAUACCCUAGAUACAAGUUAUACCUGGGGUUUGGUGCUACAGGGCGUAAUUAAGAAAAAAAAGAGAAGAAAAAAGAAAUUAUCGAAGGACGACGUUGAAAUUGAGUCAGAGGAAAAAUGGUGGUCAUAUAUGCGGGAGGAAGUUAUGGUUAGCGCUCGAUUUCCAACGAUCGAUCAACCGAUUGCAGAGGCACUUUGCGUGCUAGCUGACCUGGACACGUGGAGCGUUGGAAUUUUGUCGAAUAAUGCACCCUGGCAAAGUCCGCCAUUGCCAGUCGGAAUGUCACGUCUAGUGUCGAAUAUGCUGGAAUCCUUCGCUUAUGUAUGGAAAAAAUAUCAUUCUCCUACUCAUUGCAUAGCGAUUUUAGAGGCUAAACUAAGAGAAUUAUGGUUAAGAAGCGAAGCAUUGGCGGAAAUGAUGAUGUCUGUGGAAGAAUCUGAUGUUAAUGUGAACAAUUUAACAAAUGCUCUUGAUCUCGAUGCAGCCGAUAUACCACUUCUACUUGCAGUCGCAACAACUCAUUCUCCGGAAAUAGCGCAACGAUUUGGUCUUACGUUAAUUUAAACCCGUUUGAUUGUUUAUACCGGUUUUUUUCAAAAUCUUAUGUUAUUUUAAUGGAUACUUCUUGAGUAAUGUAUCAAUAUAUGUACUGAUAUUUAAACUGUAUGACUCUUCGACGAAUAGCGUAAUCUCAUAAUAUGUUAUUAAUAUUAUUUAAUUACAUACGCCUGUACAAUUACGUAACAUGUUAUAUAAUUGUGCAGGCGUAAAUUAAAUUAGACUACAGGAUAUUACGAUUUAUUUUCUCGUUCAGCCAUUUAUUUCAACGUUUUUUAACGAAUUUUGUAGCUUUUAUUACAUUAAAUCAACGGCUGAUUUCUUACUAAUGAAGUAUGUACCGUCUAUAUUUGAUUUUUUACAUGAUUCAAGUGAGCUUGCAGAGUUGUAUACAUUCAAUUAAUAAAUAGAAUAAACUUUUUUACUUUAUUGUA